AUGUCGACGGUUGGGUUGCCUCGUGAAUGCAUGACGAUUAAGACAUUCUUAUGCUGUCGUUCGUACUUGCUUGCUCGAGUGUGCUUACAAGGGGUGUCCUACAUAGUCUACUGUUACUGCCAGUUCGUGACCAAGACUUGGACGGUAUUUUACGCAUUGGGUUGUGGCUGCGUUCUAGCGUUCCUGGACGUCAUUUGCCUGUCUAAGUGCCUCAAAAAUCGGUCUAAUGGACAUGAAGUGGAUGCCACCCCAUCAAUAUCUAUAUUGGAAGCGAUACUCGGAGAUCGCGCACAUCCUCUUGCGCACCAUCAGGUCGUUGACCAGACUUCGGAGGCAACCGAGGACUCUCCGACUGACCGACAGUCAUCCGAGGCUGAUCUGUCUGGGUCGGGGUCCGAGCCGGAACCGCCUGACUCAGAUCUGUCUGGAUCAGACUCGUCUGGGUUAGAAUCGUCAGGGUCUGCUGUCGAGUCGACAGGUACGGACGACGGCUACCCAGUCGGCUACCCCACCGGACGUGGUAACGAAGAGGCGCAGUGCAGCAGCGUUGGUGGACCAGGUUUUGAAAGUGGAGCUGUCGUCCAAGGUUCAGUAGUUGUUGAAGAUUCGCUAGGUAGCAGAAACACCACAAUGAAGCGAACGGGGGCCACAGGUGACAUCGCAGCGAGUAUAGGAGACUUUGGGCCUAACACUGUCGGGUGUAACACUGUCGGGUGUAACACUGUCGGGUGUAACACUGUCGGGUGUAACACCGCCGACUGUUUUCAAAGGAGCGAUCGGAUGGCAAGUAGCAUGAUUGAAGAAACUGGUAUAGAUAAUGAUGUUUCGCCACGUAUAUAUUGUUCUAGACAAGUGCGAGCUAUGUCGCGUGGUACUGGCACACACCGGGGUAGUACCAUAGUUGACGGGUGUGACACAUUCCAGGAUGAUGGCUGCGAGAUUGGCGAAGUGCCCUGCUUGGCAGAAAGCAAUUUGGGAAGGGGGCCGAGACGUCUGGGUAAGAGGUUGUUGACUCGAAGCCACUCAUUUGUUCUUGAAAGCGGCAGCCAAUGCGCUGCAAGGCUGUUGAGCAACUACUGCUACUUACGGACGUCGUUAGCUGCAGGCGCGGCAGCGAGGCGUCGGCAGAUUCCUCGUCAUUUGCGCAAGAUAGUUCCAUUACAUCGAUUAGGAUUAUUCCUGGACCGAUUGGAUGAAGUGCGACCUAUGAGUCACCCACUAAUCGUUACAAUAAACGCAGAAUCAUUUCGGAUUCUAAAGUUGGCAUUUUUGACCACUCUUUGGUCUAAUGAGCGUUACAUCAUGUGCUGCCUGUCUGCCAUUCUUGUAGGAAUGUUACUGUUUCAAAAUACUCUAUUCAAGAUUGUUCAAUUCAAGGAGCUCAGAUCAAAAAGUAUAAGUCCGCCAUCACCCCAUGCCUGGAAUAUACACAGCUGGAAUUAUUACCUCUUGAGAUGGCGCUUAUGGUGGAAGGACAAACACGCGUUUGCUAAAUUAAUGCGAAAAGAACAAAAUGGCAUAAUAUACCGCGGAUACGCUCUGGCUUGUCUUGCUUUCGAUUCCCCACUGCUGUUUCAUCACAUUAAGGAGCACUACGCAACUCCGUACGAUCAUGAAAAGCUGGAAUUUGCUCUUUCUAUUGAAUUCGUAACGUAA